ACUAUGCGCGGUUAGGUUACUUUGCAGUAUAUCGUGUUUAUACAAUCGAGUUACCUUGAAGGUUACUAUACCUGAAUAACCGCAAACUUACCAAGGUUUGAAUGUUACCGAGCGGUAACUUUAACCAGCGUUUAUACAAUCGGGUGCAAGAAGGGUUAUUUAAAGGUUAUGGUAUAAAGAGUGCAGUGGCUAAAAGGUGUGGACAUAAAUUCGAUCAAUGCGAUUACAAUAGAAACUUGUUUUCACGGACCAAUAACACAUUCACGGUUGGCUAAACAUCGAUGGUCACGAUUUAGUACAAACGCAAGUAAAUAUCUAAUAAAUGAAAACAGCCUUAAGGGUUAUUUAAAGGUUAUGGUAUAAAGAGUGCAGUGGCUAAAAGGUGUGGACAUAAAUUAAAUGAUUAAAACGCAAUAAAAAUCAAUUGGAAGGUUUCAACAUGUUUCGGAUCGCAGUUGUUUUGGUUGUAACGAUUAUUUCGUUUCCGUGUGUAUUCGGCACGUUCUGGUUAGAGCAGAAGCCCUCCAACUGUCCAUCGGGAGACAACGGGAAGCACGUAUGCAGCUCGCUCUUGUCGAACAAUUUCACAUGCGUGACGUUCGACUGCUGCAGUAAUUUCGAAAGUAACGCCAGCAAUGGCGUCGACGAAAGGCAUAUGUUUGACCGUAGUCACGUCCUUCAAAACAACCCCGAGGAGUUCACACACUGUCCCGUGUGUUACGCCAAGAAGGCAUGUACCCUGUACCAGUGCUUCCAUAGCUGCUGUCCGGGAUUCACACCGGAUGCCACUGGAGUUUGUAUUGCUGCAGCGGCGGACCAGUUCUGUCAGAACGGCGGCAUACAGUACAAGGACGGGGAUAUGAUUAAGUGCCGAUGUCAACCGGACUUUGAAGGCUCAACGUGCGAUAGACCGGUGUGCAACUGCACGAACGGAGGCAUGUGCACGGUACAGAAUGGGCGGCCGGUCUGUAGCUGUCCGUCUCAUUACACGGGGCGUCAGUGCGAAAUUCCAACGUGCAAUAUCCGUUGUCUGAAUGGGGGACGAUGCGUUAUAAAUGGGAACUACGAAAUGUGCGUCUGCAGUCCGGACUUUGUGGGAAGGCUGUGUGAAAUUCCAUUCCGUCAGCCGAAUACCUGCCCUCCCGUGAGCUCGGACCGCCUGUAUUGUGAGUACAAGUGCAAUACGAACGCAGACUGCGGUGCCGAUGGGGUGUGUUGUCGAGAGGGAUGCUCUACGGUCUGCCGACAGACCGAAACCAGCUGCCAGAAUGGGGACAUGAUGUUUGUGGUUGGACAGAGUUACAGACCGGACCCAUGCACGACAUGCACAUGCAUGCCCGAUGGUGCUAUGCCAUGCUUGGCUAAGUCGUGCGCCCAGCCUAAAUGUUCAGGUGACAUUACUCCUGUUAGGAAGCCCGGGGAAUGCUGUUACACAUGCCCAGACAACCUGGCAGAGACUAAUUGUAAGCUGCGGGACAUGAUGUUCAGGGUUGGACAGAGUUACAAUCCGGACCCAUGCAUGACAUGCACAUGCAUGCCUGGUGGUGAGAUGCCAUGCUUGGCAAAGUCGUGCGCCCAGCCUCAAUGUUCAGGUGACACUACUCCUGUUCGUAAGCCCGGGGAAUGCUGUUACACCUGCCCAGACAACCUGGUUGAGACUAAUUGUAAGCUGCGGGACAUGAUGUUCAGGAUUGGACAGAGUUACAAUCCGGACCCAUGCACGACAUGUAGAUGCAUGCCCGGUGGUGAGAUGCCAUGCUUGGCUAAGUCAUGCGCCCCACCACAAUGUUCAGGUGACACCACUCCAGUUCGGAAGCCCGGGGAAUGCUGUUACACCUGCCCAGAAAUUGAGGUUCCAAAGAGCGCGAACCCCACGAUCAUGUGUCCCAGAGACCUGUUGGAGCUGUACGUGCCAGAGAAUGGGUUUGAAGUCCUUCUGGAUCACAAUACAACUAAAGUCCAUGCCAAGGACAGCAUUGGCCAUGAAUUGCAGGUGACCUUUGUGCCUCCAGUUGCUAGGCACUGCUUUUGUAAAGAUAUCAGGAAAAUAAGAGUCCAGGCCUGGGCCCACGAUGCCCUGGGAAACAAAGCGUUUUGCGAGUUUGAUAUUGUCGUCCGAGAUAAGACUCCGCCUGUGUUCGCCACCUGCCCAGACGACAUUUACAUUUUUGCGGAGGAGAAACCCUGCUGGACCAGACCUGUUCCCACAGAUAACGUGGGUAUUGCCAAAUACUCUGAAAUCGACAAGGUACCCAGGGAGGUCGGGGUACACAAGAUGAGCUAUGUGGCUACUGAUUAUGAUGGCAACUUCGGUUUCUGCGUCUUCUUGAUAUCUAUUUCAGGACAUGGCACGCCAGUUGCAGAUCUUCCACAGGGUCUAAAGGAUCGCUCUAUGGAUGACACCAGGAUGGGGGUUUCUGUUGGUAUCCCAGUGGGUGGAGUGAUACUAGUAGUAGGUGUUGUCGCACUGAUAUUUUACAUUCUGAGACGAAAACGAUCAACACCCCAAACUGCAGACACCAGCGGAGUAAGUAAGCCCAGCUUUGACAACAGAAUGUAUGCCAUCCCUGGGCGCGGGAUGGUCCGACUGCCCUCUUACAAGGCAGGCAUGUCCCCUCCACCUCAGUAUGUGAGCACUGUGUCCCUGAACGCAACCUUCCCCUCGAAUGAUCCACCUCCAAGCUACUCCAACUCGGGCUACAUGAGUGUGGGAGAGACGAAGCAGCCUGAGGAACAUGUGUAUGAUAGCAUACAUGGGGAGAAGAGCAUCGUAUAAAAGAUGCCUGAAGUUACACUUGAAGAGAUUAUUGAGAAAGAAAAAAAAGCAGAUUUAUUCCUAAUUAAAAUAAGGUGAUUCUUAAUAAAAAUGAGGUGAAUAUUUUUAUUACUUCCUAGUAAAAAGAUUUGGAGCUGUAGCUGUAGAUGAUGGUCCUAUGUUAUACACAUUUUUUUGUAUGUGUGUACACAUUGUAGGGUUUUUCAAUUUCUAAUUUGGUAUAACAAAGUAAAUUGCAGGCCUUUUUAAUACUCAAAAUAAUGUGUGCUUUCAUUUCCUUGUAUCAUUUUCAAAUAAAUUUCGGUUUGUUUAUUUUAAGUAUUUUGACUCAAAUGCAUUUCUUUUUAAUGUUCAGCUCUUUAUUUACAUUAAUUCAAUAUCCAGUUAUUUCUCCACUGUUUUGCUGUGGUCAUGUUUCCAAAUACAUAUCCACCAUCUCUUUUGACUGUGUUUCUCGAUUAACUUUGUCAACAAUGUAUUCAGCUAAUGUGUUACUUAAAGUGUUUGCUUUUUUUGUCAGACUUUUUAUACAUUAUUAUAUAUACCUUCCUAAACAGA